AACACAGAGUGCAUGUCAUCACUAGUCACCCAUCUCUUCCUCUGUUUGCUUCUUUUCUAAACACAUCACCCACUCUCUCCCAAAUCCCAUAAAGGAGAAAAAAAAAAAGGAAGAAUUCAAAAUGAAAUAAACUUCUUCUUCAUCUUCUCUUCUGGUUUACAAUCCAUGGCCAAGCCCACUUGAACAAGUACCUUCAUCUAAAGCCCACUAAUCCCACAUUCAGUAUGUGGAAUUUUGCUACAAAGGCCUUUACUGGAGCCAGCGGGUUGAAGACUGAUUCAUUGAAACCAAGUCAGGUUUCUUCAGAAUGCUCAGAUGAUGAAUCUUUGAACCACAGUGGAGAGGAAAGAUUGGAAUGCCCAAUAUGCUGGGAAUCCUUCAAUAUUGUAGAGAAUAUACCCUAUGUUUUAUGGUGUGGCCAUACUUUAUGUAAAAAUUGCGUCUUAGGGCUGCAACGGGCUGUUGUGAAGUUCCCUACAUUACCAAUCCAUCUUCCAUUCUUUGUCUCUUGCCCAUGGUGUAAUCUAUUCUCUUUGAGGUUGGUCUACAAGGGGAAUGUCAAGUUUCCCAGCAAGAACUACUUUCUCCUCUGGAUGGUUGAGAGCAUGAAUGGUGAUAGGUCAAAGUCUCAUUCUUCCUUUCAUGGGGUUCCACCUGCCUGCUCUACAAAUAGAAUGAUAGAUGCAGGAAAUAAGCUUAGGCGUGCAAACAACAGGCGAGCUUCAUAUUCUACUCACCAUCCAGAGUCCAGCUUGAUCACUGGCUAUUUCAGUGCUGAAAGACUCCAAUUAUCAUUCCGUUAAAUUCAGCGUUUGUAGUUUUGGUAUAAAAGCAAAGCAACAUAUUACCCUGGAGUUUGGAUGGUUGAUUUUUUAAAGUACAAGAUGUAAUACGAUCAAGGCUUGCAGCUCCAAUUUCUCUUAACAGGCUGCUAUGCCAAACCGUUGUGCGAAAAAGUUCUGGGACUUCAAUCUCUUGUUGCAGCAACGUUCUUUUAUCAGCUUUUUACCUACUUUGUUUUAGGAAGACAUGGAAAGCAAAAAGACUAACUUGGAACCUGAGUUUAGGAAAGGUAAUGAACUACUGAUCUAUAUGGUUGCUCCUCAUAAACUGAUUUCCUUUCUGAGCAAUCGCUUCCAGGGCCUUAUAUUGGUUGCUGUCACGGGGAGUCAAUGAACUUCAGGUCUCUAUUUGCAGCCCCUACGUUAUUUUUAUCCAUGGUGGGAAGACGAAGGUGUGGGAUAGUCUUGGCAUUGUCCAAUUCUACUGUCAUUGGCCCUUGUGGUGGCUUUGAUACAAUGGAAUGCAAAGUGUGAAUGAAAAUUGGUUUGGCUUUAGCAAGCGUGAAAGAGUUGUAUUAUGAAACUGAACUAGUUCUUCCUCCAAUUCAAUUUAAAAACAUGAAACAUGAA